AUGCCAAGCGUUUUCGAGUCUCUCCCUGUUGAACUCAUCGCUGACAUUCUAACUGAACUCGAUCUCACUUCGCUCGUGAUAGCCGCGUACCUAUCGCGCCGUCUACAUGCCGUCUCCUCGGACACGUCCCUCAAUCCGUGGCGAGGGCCUAUCUUGCGUACACUUCGCAAUCCGGAUGGCUCCUAUGAGCCCUGUCUCAAACACUUGAGUGUACGCUCGGUGGUUCCGCGCCUGAAUUUCGUAGAAAUCCUGAGUAUCGCCAGGGCGCCUUUCCUUCUCUUUGACGCCACACUCCCUAAUCUGAGAGAAAGUGAGUGGGAGCUGUGUUUCCGAAGGCGAUUUCUGCCUGGUUGGGCGAAGGUGAAGAAGGACUGCACGUGGAGGGAGGCAUUCGUGAAGAUGUUGCACCGUGUAUGGCACCGCAGUCAUUCUUCGUGUACCACGGACGAAGCUUGGACAAAUUAUAUUGUCCUCAAUCGGAAUGGAACGGCCAACCAGCUAGCAGGCUCGUCCCGCAAUUUUAACGUGCUGACCAUCUCCGACCAACUGAAAGUGCAGAGUAACUUGAUGCAUCUGGACACAAGAGUCAGGGUCCUGGUAGAAUUUGCAGACGUACGAAUCCUUGCGAUUGGAGUCCUGAACCAUACUACGACGUCACUCUUCGUUAAUCCAAAUGCGCGGGAACUCCUGCACCCUCCAGGCAUAGAGAAGGAGGAAGAGGUGGACGGUGCUUCUGUCUCACCGUCGAGCUCCCAGUCUUCUGGUACAUUAAAUCAGACAUAUAGGCGACUGGCCUAUCCUCACCCAUCUCCGUCUCACGAGAAUUAUCCGUUCCACACCCCUGGAGGUGAAGAUGUGCGAUGGGUUGACACGGAAGAGCUGGAAGAGAAGUGUUUGCAGUGGGUGGGGAGCAUGAUGCUCACCGCCCAACUCCUCGGCCCUCACACGAAAGAAACUCAAUUUGGUGCAUCUCCUGUGGACUUCGACCUCGUAGUCGGUUCGGGACGGAGUCAGUACGCGUCUUUGACGUUUGAUGACCUUAUGGCCGUUGCCCCGUGGUUAAAUGUGACUAAAUGGAUUGAGGGGCCUGGGUUGGGCCAUUAA